UAUCGAUAAGCUUGUAUCGAUAAUUGAAUAAGGAAAACACAUUGAAACUAUGUCCGGCGAUUCGCGAGAUAUUAAUGACUUGUUUGAUGAUAUAGUGCUGACUGAGGAAAAACACGCACGUCAGGGCUACGCUGAAGGUAUCAGUGACGGUCGAGCUCAGGGUAAUCAGGAGGGCUACCAACUUGGCUACGCUCAAGGCGUUCAACUUGGCGAGGAACUGGGCGGCAUUUACGGCCAAGUGGUGGCCCAACAGCAGUUACCACAUACGGAAAAGUUGCAGCGCACGUUGCAACAGCUACGGCAGCUUAUUGAAGAGUUUCCACGUCAAAACGAUCCCGAGCAAGACAUCAUUGGCGCUGUGGAACACAUUCGGAACACGCAUCGGCGACUGUGCGCUUUGCUGGGCACUAAAAAGGGGACUGUUUCGGAAACUGAACGCCCAACGCAAGAGCGCAAAGAUUACAGUUUCUAG